AUGAAAACGCUUAUGUACGCGGUUGGCACACCAAUGAUUGGAUCGACCAGUCGUAUUACUUGCGUCUACUUUCGACCGCGACAAUCAAGUGAUACAAAUUCUCUUGUUAUACAAUAUGGGACCGGAUGCAGUGCAACGGUAAGUAGAAUUAACAUAUACUGAUCAAUUAUUAUAAUACAUCGUCAUAUUUAGCAGAAUAGAUUCUAAGAGAAAGAAAAUGAAUGUGAAAGCAUAAACUAUGGGCUUUUGAUACUGUCAGGGAUGUAGACACCCACCGAUAAAAGAUGACAGUAAGAUUGCCAUAUUAAAAUUGGUACUGAAAAAUCAAAUUAAAAUGGCACUGUUUCCAUCGAUUAUUAAUCAAUCGAAGAAUAGAGCACAAUCAAAUUUGUUUUCCAAAUAAUGAGAUUCAGAAAAAUUUUCAGCCGAUGAUAGGCAAUUCGGCUACUAGCUCGAAUACUUGCUAAAGUAAAAACUUCAUUAAUAUUAGUUCGUAGCAUUUUCUUGACCACUACCAUGGUCAUUAAUACGCUAAGUAUUUUCAAAAUGUAACUCAAGCUCCUUAAUAGAAGAAAAGUCACUAAGAGAACUUGAGGUUCUACUAAAUGAAUACCCUCGAUAGCGAUUUUCUUAAACUCAUUCGAUAAUGAACAAGUAUGAUCAGUGUACAGAAUCUGAUUAUGAUUGCUACAUUGUUGAAAAACUAGCUUUUCUUCAAUCUUCAACCAUGUGGCAAUAGUAAGU